UGGCCACACCCUCACGAGCAACCCGGCAUGAACGAGGAAGACGAGCUCGAACGGUUCCGCCGUCAAUGGCGGGAAGAAGUGCGAGCAGGCAAGACGCUCACUUCGGACAUCAGACAGCAUCGAGGUGCAUUCGAGCCUCAACCAACUCACCAUGAUCGCUCCGUCAGCGUCACCAGCUCGCCAGAGCAGAAGGUGCACACCGAGCUCGAACCAGACCACGCAUCGAUGACUGCACUCGAGAUCUACGAAGAAGCAGUCGUUGCAGAGCGUCAGGGCCGGAUGAAUGAUGCCUUGUCGGCCUACAAAUUGGCGUUCAAGCGUGAUCCCGAUAUCAUGGCAGUCUAUCAGCGCAAGAUAGAAUCACAAGCGGACGGACACACUACAGAACACGAGGGUGCGCGAUCGGACGAGGAGCCAGUGGACGAGCUAGCGUUCGACUUUACGCGUACCGUCACCGUCGGAGCGGAUUACGAGCAGGCGAGUACAGACGAUGUCAACCAUCCGUCGUCUACAGCACGCUUACGGCGACGUCUGCUCAAGUCUUACGGGCAGUACAGCUAUCUGCCGCUGCAAAUGCGAGUGCAUGCAGAAGAGACACACGAGCAGCGCGAUGAUGCCACAGUAGAUGACGACAUUAGCUUCCAUCCUGCCGAUACCGAUCAGCCCAUCCCGAUCAAGCGACUUCCGCCAGAGAUGAUCCAUCUCAUCUGCAUCAAGCUCGUCGAGCCGCGCGAGGUCGGCUUUGCGCCCGACAUUGCCAAUCUUGAGCGGCUUGCACUCGUCUCGAGACGGAUGAGAUUGUUGACCCUAGAUAGCUCGAUCUGGCGAGCGACCUGCCUGGACGUCUUCAGAGCUCCUCAAAUAGACCCUUCAGACUCUGCUGGCUCCGUCGUCAAGAAGCACCAUGCUGGAGAUUAUAGGCGGAUGUUCAUCGAACAGCCUCGAAUAAGAACAGAGGGAGCCUACAUCUCUGUGCUCACGUAUGUCAGAAGGGGCGAGAGCGAGAACGUAUGGGUCAGGCCGACUCAUCUGGUGACGUUCUAUCGUUUCCUGCGCUUCUAUAGCGACGGCAGAGUCAUCUCCUUGCUGAGCACCGAGCCGCCCAACGAUGUAGUCAGAAGACUCGAUUUUGGCCUCAGAGCAAAGGGUGUAUCAUUCGGACGCUGGAAGUUGCGAGGGUCACAGGUGCAUAUCUGGGAUCUGACAGAGCCAGUCGCAGAUCGGCAAUCGCUAAAGUACACUUUCACCAUGCGAUGCUUGCUCAAAACAACGCACAGAGGCAAGCAGAACAAGCUCGAGCUCCAGCAACUCUGCACGCUCAACCGGUCGACGCUCGAAGCGACAGAAGUUCCGCUCGUUCACUCAAAGCCGUUUCAUUUCUCGCGUGUGCUGGCAUACGAAGAGUCUCGGUAGAUUUCAUGUUGUUUGCAUUCUAUGCUCUAGAGGCGGAUGCUCGCCUUUUUGUCUUGCUCUUCGACACCUUUGCGCGCUUCCUUCGCUUGCCCGCGUGGAAUGCGUUCGCAGUCGAGUGAGUUCGUCCAAGAGCAUCCUCAUCUUUGACUUUAUAUAUCCUCACGAGCCAGUUGCCGGAUGUGUAGGCCUCUUCCAGAGAAUCGAGGACUGGCCCGACGGAAGGCAUC